AUGGCCUCCACUGCUCAAACAUACACCCUUCAGAUCCACAAGGCUCUUGAUUUUGCUUGGAAGCCCACCCAUUGGUGGAACAACAAGAGGUUUUAUGUCGCAGUUGCUGUGAGGGGUGCUGAAAUAGCAGGCUGCAAGACCCAUAAGACAGACAAGAGGCUCAACUGGAACUUUGAAACAAACAUGCAAGUAGUUUUGCACAUAAUUACCAUGCUCACCUUUACACUGCUUCGUGUGCCUCACCUUGACAAGCAUGAGAAGAUUGGUGUUUCAGAGGUUACAGUCCAGCAUUUGCUUCAACAAGCCCAACUUGGAAAAGAGGUUACCUUGGCUUUGCAGCAUGAGGGCCACCCAGCUGGAAAACUUGUUGUGUCCAUCAAGCCAUGGGAGACAUCAACAGGACUCCACAGUGCUGAAAAUCUGCCAGUAACUAAGCUGAGUCAAUCACAAAAGGGGAAACUUGACAGGAUUCUGGAUACCUGCAAAGGGCUGUCUGGAAUUCUCAAUAUAAUGGCAUCAACGGUUCCUCAACCAUUUAAUACUCCAGUGGAAGUCCUGGGAGUGAUCUUUGAGAUACUCAUAACUCAUCAGGAGAAUGAGGAAGAACUGAAAGAUUUACAGGCAAAACUUCUGAAGGGGCUUAUUGAUGUCAAUGAGCAGAUCUUGAAGGCAAACAAGUACAAUCCCAUUGUGAUGGAAAGUAGUCAAGAAUUGGCCUGGUAUGUGAUAACUAUCUGA